CCACCGGAAGCUCUAGUUUAACAACGACGGGCUUGACGCGCUGACCCUGGUACUGCAAAACUUCAACGACUCGGGAUCUCACGUCGGUCCCUUUGCUACUUCCUCGCAGCGAUGGAGCGUAAAGUUGCUCGGGAAUUUCGGCACAAGGUGGAGUUGCUGAUUGAGAAUGAAGCUGAGAAGGAUUACCUGUUUGACGUGCUUCGUAUGUACCACCAGUCAAUGGAUCUGCCCGUGUUGGUGGGGGACCUGAAGCUGGUCAUCAACGAACCAAAGCGCUUGCCCUUGUUUGAUGCCAUCCGACCUCUUAUCCCACUAAAACACCAGGUGGAGUACGACCUGCUCACCCCAAAGAGGUCACGGAAGCUGAAAGAGGUGCGUCUGGACCGGACUCAUCGUGAUGGACUGGGUCUGAGCGUCCGUGGAGGGCUGGAGUUUGGCAGUGGUCUCUAUAUAUCACAGAUGGUCAAAGACGGUCAAGCCGGGAAUGUUGGACUUCAGGUUGGAGAUGAGAUUGUGCGCAUCAACGGAUAUUCUAUCUCCUCCUGUAUCCACGAUGAGGUUAUCAGUCUAAUCAAGACCAAGAAGAUCGUGUCCCUCAAAGUCAGACAUGUGGGGAUGAUCCCAGUGAAAAGCUCGUCAGAUGAACCCCUGAAGUGGCAUUUCGUCGACCAGUUUGUUUCUGAGUCGGGGGAGAAAAAAAGCAGCAUUGCAGGCUUGGCGUCCAUUGGAGGCAAAGAAAUCAAGGAGAAGAAGGUUUUUCUCAGCCUUGUGGGCACCAAGGGUAUGGGCAUCAGCAUCUCCAGUGGUCCAACGCAGAAGCCUGGUAUCUACAUCAGUAAUGUCAAGCCGGGCUCGCUCUCUGCAGAAGUUGGACUCCAGGUCGGAGAUCAGAUUGUGGAGGUGAACGGGGUCGAUUUCACCAAUGCGGACCACAAAGAGGCUGUGAGAGUCCUGAAGAGCAGCAGGAGUUUGACUAUUACUGUUUUGACAGGAGCUGGCCGAGAGCUGUUCAUGACGGACGAGGAGCGUCUUGCAAUCGAGGCCCGCAGGGAGCUGGACAGGCAGGAGCUGAUGCAGCAGAAGAGGGUGGCGCUGGAAACCAACAAAAUCCUUAAAGAGCAGCAGGAGAAGGAGAAGCAGAGGAAGAUGGAGAUCUCUCAGAAGGCCGCCGAGGAAGAGGAACGCUAUAAAAAGGAGAUGGAGAAGAUUGAGGCUGCGGAGACGAAGCACAGCCGAGAGUGGGAGGAGGACUGGGGAGCCAAAGACCGGCCCAAAAGUCCCAGUAGCCCCCGCGCCCGAAAGAGCUCAUCGCCCGCCCCGCCCGAGUCAAAGACCACCAAGGCCAAGAGCUCUCCAUUUGGCUGGUUUUAUCGCUAUGAGGGAAAGCUGCCGUCUCUCCGCAAGAAAGGAGAAAAGAAGAAGAAAAAGAAGAAAGUGUCCAACAUGGACACACUGCAGGAGCAGAGAAAAAACAAGAAGGAGAUGGAGUUUGAGCUGAAACUUGCCAUGGAGAAGGAAGAAAUGUAUGAACGAGAGAAGCAACUUAAGAUCAAUCGUCUGGUGCAGGAGGUGUCAGAGACGGAGAGAGAAGACCUUGAGGAGUCAGAGAAAGUGCAGCACUGGGUUGAGCGUCUUUGUCAGACCCGUUUGGAGCAGAUAUCCUGCGUGGAGAAUGAAUCCCCAGAGCCUCCGGAAAUGCUGAAACGGAUGGUGCCUUUCAACGCGUCUUUUAAAUCAAACGGCAAACGACAAGGAUUUCAGAAAUACGAGGAAGAUUUUGAUCCCUACUCCAUGUUCUCCUCGGACCAGAUAGACGGGCGAGAUGUGAGAGUGCUGAGAAUCAAGAAGACUGGACAGCUGGACCUCGCCCUGGAGGGAGGCGCAGACUCUCCUUUGGGGAAGUUGGUGAUAUCGUCUGUCUAUGAAGGUGGGGCGGCAGAUAAGCACGGUGGAGUUGUACCCGGGGAUGAACUAAUGGCUGUCAAUGGGAAGAUCCUGAUUGAUGCAACAUUGACCGAGGGGCAAAACUCUCUGGCUCGGGCCUGGAAUAGCGGAGGGGACUGGAUUGAUGUUGUGAUUGCCGUUUCCCCUCCAAAGGAAUAUGAAGACGAAGUAACGUUCUUCUAGUCUCAUCGACCGCCAAGAAAACCCCGCUGAGACCGGAGCCUUUGAGAGUUGAAGGUUCCUUCAGGAUUCACAGUCCUGCUGAAGAUUGUUUUUACUUAGCAUUACUAAAAGGUCUUUAUAAGCCUCGUACUUCUGCCAUGCAUCAAGAUAUUGUGUUGAUUUGUUGAAGGACGAUCCAGUCAAUAUUCCGUUGUCUGCUUUACUUCUUCACGUGUAUGGUCGACUUUGCAUGGUCAUACUGAUUAUUUCUUUCAGAAGUGUACUAUAUUUGUCAGAAUUACAAUAAAGGGCAAACAAAAGCAGGCAGACUUUAAUCAAUAUCAGCACUCUAAUCGUCGGAGGAACGCUCAUGAUUAGAGAAUUGAUUUUGUGUUGUGCCUCCGGAUUGACCCCUCA